AUGACCCAGUGGCUGGCACAGAUGCCUGUGGCCUGGGCAGUGAUUCCAUGCACAUCUCCUAAGGGGCUUCUCACCAGCGGAGUGGAGUUCGAGUCUCUCCCUGCGGCACUUUCCCUUCCAGCAGAAUCCGGUCUAUAUCCAGUGACACUCGUAGGAGUUCCGCAGACGACAGGAACCAUUACCGUGAAUGGUUACCACACUACAGUCUUUGGUGUCUUCAGUGACUGUCUGCUGGACAACCUCCCUGGAAUCAAAACUAGUGGCUCGAGUGUUGAGGUGGUUCCUGCCUUGCCGAGACUGCAGAUCGGCACGUCUCUGCCCAGAUCUGCACAUUCACUGCAGCCUUCCUCUGGUGACGAGGUUUCCACUAACCUGUCCAUCCAGCUUUAUAAUGGAGAAACUCAGCAACUCAUCAUUACCUUGGAAAACAUUGGAAUGGAGCCACUAGAGAAACUGGAAGUCACCUCAAAAAUUCUCACCACCAAGGGUGGGUAGUGUGGGACUGUCUGUGUCAUUUAUAAGAAGACACACUCCCCCUCAUCCCCGUAUUGGGGCUUGAACUCAGAGCCUCAUGCUUGCUCAGCAGACGCUUUACUACUUGAGCUAUGCCCAACAACCCUUGUUUUAGUUACUUUUCAGACAGGGUCUAGAGUUUUUGUCUGGGGUCGACCUUGGACUGUGAUCCUUCCACUUGUGCCUCCCUUAUAGCUGUCAUUAUAGGUGUGUACCACUAUGCCUUGCUUGUUGGUUGAGAUGAGGUUUUGCUAACUUUUUGUUCAGGUUGACCUUGAGCCUUGAGCCUCAGUCUUCCCAGUAUCCACCUCCAAGUAGUUGGGAUUAUAGAUGUGAGUCACCAUAUCUGGUGCAGA